AUGGCUACGGAGUCCGAUAUUAGUACGUUAUUCCAAAAUUUAACUGGGGAAUUGAUAGGUUUGUCCACUACUUUAAAACAUCAUGGCGUUUCCCACCUCGUAGACCAUUUUGCCGGUGAUCCAAAACAUUAUUCCGAUUGGAUAAAAAGCAUCCAAAAGUAUGCAUUAUUGGCUGAUAUACCAGACGCUAAAAUUAAAUAUAUAGCUUAUCAAACAAGUUCUAGUACAGUCAGCGAUUUUUUGGCUAGAUAUUUACCAGAACACGCCCAUAGUUCUUGGGGACAAGUAAAAAGGGAAUUAGCAACGCGCUUUGAUACCAUAACAGAUGCUCAACAUGCCCUUGUUAUAUUACAAACUGCUAGAGUGAGGAAAAUGUGCAAAUCUUUGCCGAACGACGGCACUACAACUAAAUCUCAUGCAGAGGAUUUGCGUCUAGCCAAUAUUGAGAAUUGGGAGAUUCCCAAACCCGACGAUGAUCAUCGUCAUCGAAAUGCUAAUUACGUUGUAACCCCCGAAAGCUCAAGCGAUUCUUCCAGUGAUGGAAGUGCCACAGAGGAUGAUGACUUGUUUGAUUUAGUAAAGGCAUCUCGCCACACUCGUGCUAAUUCAUCUUCUGAAGAUGAUAUACCUCUUAUGGAGUUGGCCAAUCGCAUUCGCGCUACUCGACCCCUGUCGCCGGAAAAUUCUGCGGUCGAAACUAUGGAGGUUGAUACUCUAGAAGAUGAGAAAUUCCCUUCUUUUUGCAUUUAUACUGUUUGGCUUGAGCGACAGUUUUCAUAUUUAUGA